AUGACAUUUGAUCCAACAAAACAUUCACAUUGUCGAUAUAACCCAUUGAAAGAUGAAUGGAUACUUGUUUCACCACAACGAUUAAGUCGAUCAUGGCAAGACUGCUUUUUUAUAAUAGGUCAAGUUCAUGAUGAUAAAAAUGAUGAUGAUAAUGAAGAUAUUAAUAACAAUCAACUAUCAACAAAUCCUCUUUGUCCUGGUGCUAUUCGUGGAAAAACAAAUCAACUUAAUCCAUUCUAUGAACAUACAUAUGUUUUCGAUAAUGAUUAUUCUGCACCAGGGGUCCUAAUGGGCUGGGCUUGGCCCAGCCCAGCCCAUGGGCCGAAAUUUUUUAAAUAG